AUUUUCUGUAUCAUCGACAAAACACCAAACGUUGGGAUCGGAGACGAUCAUCUGGCAGAAUGCAGCCUCGAAGCCGGAUAUAUGAUCCGGAUUAUGGCAUGUUUUUAUGAACUGGUGAAUUAAUCUUUGUCUGUAUUAAGCGGUGACACGUGUUUGGAAAUUUAUUACGUCUCAUAGUUUCAUUAAACCUCUAGCAAUGCCUUGUGGCCCACUUAUGAUAAAGACAGAAGGACAAGCCUUUUGUUUUCCAGUACGAUAUUCAAACAGCUAAACCUGUCGUCUGAAACGCGGAACAGCUGGCACGGAGCGCAGAUGAGGAUGAUGAUGCUGCUGCUGCUGAGACUGUGGACAUGAGUGUUAUUAAUAGGAGGGCUUGAGUGUCACAGGCUUUCACUGUUAAGACCGGGGGGCUUGAGAGUCGGUGGACAUCGGGUUGGGGGGGCCUCUGAUCCAGACUGCGCAGUUGGAAUAAAAAGAAAAACCCAGGGAUUCUGCUCAUCCAAAAGCCAACAUGGAUAACGUGCUGGGAGUUCUUAAUUUGGGCGAUUUUGCCCAGGCUUUCUCCAAAAUGGGAAUGUUUCCCGUGUUUGAUCUUGCUUAUUACAUCGUGUCCAUCCUCUACCUCAAAUAUGAGCCAGGUUCGGUGGAGGUUUCUCGCAGGAGCCCCGUGGCCUCCUGGCUCUGCGCCAUGCUCUAUUGCUUUGGUAGUUACAUCCUGGCAGACAUCAUGCUUGGAAGCAGCCCCAUCGACUAUUUCCAACACAACAGCCACAUCCUGCUGGCUACAGCCGUCUGGUAUCUCCUCUUUUACUGCCCGCUGAACCUUUUCUACAAAUGUGUGGCUUUCCUGCCUGUCAAACUGGUGUUGGUCGCUCUAAAGGAGGUCGUCCGCACUCGUAAGAUUGCCGCAGGUGUUCACCAUGCCCACCAUGCAUACCACCAUGGCUUCUUCAUCAUGGUGAUUGUUGGAUACGUCAAAGGAUCUGGAGUGGCUCUUGUUUCCAAUUUUGAGCAGCUGCUGCGAGGUGUGUGGAGGCCCGAGACCAACGAGAUCCUCAACAUGUCAUUCCCGACCAAAGCCAGCUUGUACGGCGCCAUCCUCUUCACCCUGCAGGAGGCUCACUGGCUGCCAGUGUCCAAGGGCACCCUCAUCCUCAUCUUCACCCUCUUUAUGGCCACAAGCAAGGUGUUGAUGACCGCCAGACACUCUCACGGCUCCCCCUUCGCACUCAUUGAGUCCUGGGUAUGCCAUAUCCUCUUCGGCUCUCCUCUGGGUGGUGGUGAGGAGGACCACCAUCACACUGCCCCUGCUGCUGCCCCCAUCUCACCUCUCAAAACCAAGGAGGAGUUGAGCGAAGGUGCUCGCAAGAGGAAAGCCAAGAAAGCCGAGUAGGACACCAUGCUGCGCUGAUUAAACUGCAUCUGACUCACCCUCAUGUCGUCCACAUGACGGGACCUCCCAUUCCUUUCCAAGGAAAGGGGCAUUUUGAUCUUCUGCCAAACGAGACCCUGUCUAUUGGAGCAACAUGGUGCUUUUUGCAUUUUACAUAGCUCAAGGACUCUGUAAAUACAAAAUCAAAUGUUUCACACUUCAACCCAACGUGGACAUUUUAAACCUAUGUAUUUAUACAUCUGUGAAAAUCUGCAUCCGUGCUCAAUGCUGUGUGACGAUCCACGUUUAGGAGCUGCAAGGCCCACUUACGACGGCCUUCGCUUCAAAUCAGUAAUUGUGCUACCUGGUGAGGUAGUUUUCUUUUAGCCCCUCAAAAAUCCUUAUUUCUUUUGUUCAUAAAAAUUUAUUUCAGUAAAGAAAAACAACAACAACAACAACAAAAAGAGACAAGUUAACCUGAGUCCCAGUCAGAAAUUCAAAUGUGAAUAAGCAUUAUGUGAAAGAAGAUUUCAGCUUUUUACACUGACAUUAAAGCAACUUCAUUUCUUUGAAUAAAAUGAAGAGAAAGACUGA